AAUACAACAUAUUAAAUAACAAAAAUUAUAAGAUACCGUACUCGCACCAUCAUUUUAGCUUUGCCAUAGAUUUGAGAGUCUUUCAUCUACAUACACAAUCACGUGUUUUUAUGCCACACCGUGAGGAACGCUAAAAAUUUUAUGGACAAUUUGCUGACGAAAGCUGUCUUGCGAUGUGUUUUAUCUCAUCCUUCUGUGUUUGUGAAUGAACUGGUGAAAAUCAGCAGAAAGCUUUCUUUCCAGUGCUCGCAGUCGGAGACUCAACAUUUGCCUCUUUGCAGUUUUUUUGUAUGGAAUUGGUUUUGUGUUUCAUAUUCCAACAGCAGUGAAACCAUAUGGAUGGAGCCAAACAAACACUAGCGAAUUGAUAUUUUAUAUUAACGGAUGUUGGAUAAUGAAGAAGAGCAUUGUUGAUUCGAUGAAGACAACGCUGAGCCUGAUCCGCUGCUGAUGUCCGUUUAUGCGCUCGUGCGAAGGCCUUGGAGUCCGUUUGCAGAUGGGAAUGAUGAUGUCUGCCGCGGCGUACUCAUUUAUUAAGGCAGUAUUUGGUUACAUGAUUAUCACAUCCUUUUGUUAACACCGCCGCCGAUACUGCCGAGUAAUUUCCGCACAAAUUGCUGCUUUUGCUUAUCGGCUGGUCUUCGUGCUGUUCCACGUGCGGAUUGAACGGAACAACAUUAAUAAAUUUUAUGGAUAUGAUUUUUAUCCCGGCAAGAUGAAUUUUGGGAAACAGCUAAAAUUGUUAAUAUGGAAAAAUUAUACUUUGCGCAAACGGCAACCAGUUCGAUUCCUCAUCGAAAUUGCUUGGCCUAUUGUAUUACUGGCACUUUUGGCACUGGUUCGCACGAGGAAUCUCCAAACCACCAUUCCGGAGUGCCAUUUCGAUGAAAAAGCACUUCCGUCAGCGGGAAUCUUACCUUUGUUGCAGAGUUAUGUGUGCACCUUCAACAACACGUGCAAACGGAAUUCUACGGACGAUGUGUACGGCACGGUCAACAUGUACCAUGAUUCCAUCAUAUCCAGAAUGUUUGCCAUUCUGGAAAGCAUGUUUUCUAACCAAACUCUGCAAGACGUCACAGCAGAAACGAUUCAGAGCACUGUUCAGCUCAUUCACACACUGGAAGAACUGGCAAACGGCGCUGAGAUAUCACCACAAAAUGGUUUACGAUUUCGUGAUGUUUUCCCGCUCACAGUAGAUCAAAUGUUGGACAUAGUGGAUCCGACCGGAAUGAACGUCUCAGAAGAACUGAUAACCGGUUUACUGGAAGCCAAAUUCAGGCCGUUUGUUCUUGGAGAUUUACUGCAAUUUCUUGUGGGGAAUCAACUGUUUUGUGACGGGGGUCGAUUACGAAAAGUGUUGGAGUUUGAUAAAAACGUCAGUGUGGAAGCGCUCGUGGCCGUUUUAUGUCCUGUGCCGGCUUCCACUUGGUUGCUCCAUCUGGGACCGGUGACUAAUCUGACUUUGAUAACGGGAAAAUUCCGCUUCAAGCAAUUUGAUCUAUCCUUUAUGUUUACGGCAUUGAAGGCCCGGAAGCUGUUGUCAGAAGUCAUGACAUCCGGGCAAAAACUGACGCCGUUUAAGAUCUUCAUCGAAGAAAUGCAGGACAGCUACCUGUACGCCAAUUCUAGUGGCAUGCAGUUUAUGGGAAAGUUUAUUUGUGGCGACAAUGCAGAAAUUUUCCGGUUGGAUGGCAGCAAACAAAAUAUGGUACAGAAGCUGCGGGAAACGCAAAUGAGUGGGAAUUACGUUCCACUUCGGUCCAAAGAAGACGACGACAUGAUCGAAGAACGGAGCAAUAAUUCAUCUCCAUUUUGCAACAGAGUUUUUGAUUUUUUCGAAAAGAAUUCGAAAAUUGCGAUACGAUUCUUGUGGAAACCUUUGAAGUCAUUCAUUCUAGGAAAGCUGUUAUAUACGCCAAACACGGCGGCAUCUAGAAGCAUUAUCAAACGAAUGAACGCUACAUUCGAAAGGAUAGAAAGUUUAAUUUGGACGGGGCGGCAAAUGAGCAAGAUGCUGCCUCAAGUAGCAGUGUUAUUGGAAGCUGUGGCUAACGAAACUUCCCGGAUGCAAAGCAGUUCGUCGGAAGGGUUUGGACAGAUUUUUGGGAUGUUUUCCAGAAUGAUGGGACUGACAGGAGUGAUGCCGAAUUUGGAUCAGAAAUGGUUUGAGGGCAUGCAGAUCAAUACAACAUCGAUGGAGACGUUGAAAAGCAACUUGCUCAUGUUUGCGGAAUUUUUGGGCAACGUGACCAGCUUUAUGGAAUGCGUGGAUCUCGACAAAUUCGUACCGAUGACCGAUGAGAAAGUCUUGAACAGCCAUGGGGGCAUGCUUGUGGAUAACGGAACAUUUUGGGCAGGAAUUGUUUUUGAGAACUUAGCCGAGCCAGUGCACAGAGCGGCCGAACAUGUUCCAUCUUUUAUCCGAUACAAAAUACGGUACGACGUGGAGAAAGUUGAUUCUACUGGACGAAUAAAGGAUCGGUUUUGGCGUCCUGCUCCGCGGCGUCAGCCAUUGACAGAUAUGAAAUAUUGGACAUACGGUUUCAUACAAUUACAAGAUUCCAUUGAACGGGCAAUCAUGGCUGAAAUGUUGAAUUCGACUGAAAGUCUGCCGGGAUUAUAUUUGCAACAAUUUCCCUAUCCAUGUUACAUUGAGGACUCCUUUUUCAUGGCUAUCUCGCGGAACUUUCCACUGAUCAUGACCCUUGCAUGGGUUUACACCGCCGCAAUGCUAGUGAAAAGCAUUGUCUACGAAAAGGAGAAGCGCUUGCGGGAAACCAUGAUGAUGAUGGGCAUGAGCAAUGCUGCUAAUUGGUUGUCUUGGUUUUUGGAGACUUUUGUUAUUAUGCACUUAUCCAUCAUCUUUAUGGUGAUAAUCCUUGUAUAUGGGAAAAUACUUAUGCAUUCCAGCUGGGCAGUGAUCUACGUUUUUCUUUUGACGUUCUGCUUAUCAACCAUUGCAUUCGGAUUUUUUUUAAGUGUAUUAUUUUCGAAAGCCAAUAUUGCAGCGGCAGCCGGUGGAAUUUUAUAUUUCUGCACCUUCAUGCCUUAUUCACUACUGAUUAUCUGGGAAGACCGAAUCCCGUUCGGUCUCAAAGUAUUUUCAUGCUUUAUUCCGAACGUGGCGUUCGGGUGGGGAUCCAAUUUUUUCGCGCGUUUUGAAGAACAAGGCAUUGGUGUGCAGUGGAACAAUAUUGCGCGCAGCCCGUUGGAGAAUGACCCCUUUUGUCUCAUCCAUUGCAUUCUAAUGCUGAUCGGCGAUGCGCUGCUCAUGUUCCUUUUAACGUGGUACCUUGAAGCGGUUAUGCCAGGGGAAUAUGGCAUUCCCCGACCGUGGUAUUUCCCAGUGACCAAAUCCUAUUGGUUUGGCAUAAAGCCGCGAAAGAUCCGCUCGGAUGAGGAAGCAGCAGUGGAUGUGAAAUCUGAUGGAGGAAGUAACUUCGAACCGGAACCACUGAACUUGGAACGUGGCGUGGAAAUUCACAAUUUGAAGAAAGUGUACGGGAAUGGAAAGUUGGCUGUGGAUGGAUUAUCGCUGAAUGUUUACGAGGGGAUUACGGCUCUGCUGGGACAUAAUGGUGCCGGUAAGACCACGACAUUUUCUAUUUUGUGUGGACUUUUCCCGGCCACAUCAGGGAAUGCUAAGAUCUACGGAUACGAUGUUAUGACCGAAAUGGAUUCGAUACGAAAGAGCUUUGGCUUUUGUCCGCAGCAUAAUGUUUUAUGGGACGGAUUAACCGUGGAGGAACAUCUGUAUUUCUAUGCCAGUCUGAAACUGUCUGAUCCGGUGGCGAUAAAAUCGGAGAUCGACAUGAUGAUCGGAAGUGUGGGGCUGCCACAUAAGCGGCAUGAGAAAGCCGCUAAUUUAUCCGGUGGGAUGCAACGGAAAUUGUCUGUUGCCAUUGCCUACAUAGGUGGAGCAAAGGUGGUUUUGUUGGAUGAACCGACGGCCGGUGUGGAUCCAUGGGCACGACGUGGAAUCUGGAAUUUGCUGAUUCGAUUUAGAAAGGAUAGAACGACCAUAAUGUCCACGCAUUUCCACGGGGAAGCCGAUACCCUGGCUGAUCGGAUUGCUGUGAUCGCUGAUGGAAAGUUGAUUUGCGGAGGAUCGCCAGUUUUUCUGAAAUCGCGAUUUGGAAAUGGAUAUUAUUUGACUCUGGUCAAAGCGUCGGGAGCAACAAAUGUGGAAGAAGUCACCCGAUUUGUUCAGGAAUUUAUUCCGGAAGCACUGUUGAUUGAAGACGUUGGAGCGGAGUGUGCGUUUGUGCUGCCCAUGUCGGCCAGCCGUGAUGGCCGGUUUGGAAUGUUAUUCGAAGCACUGGAUGCGAGAAUGGGUUUCUUGGAUGUUUCCAGUUAUGGUGUACGGGAUACAUCGUUAGAGGAAGUUUUUCUUCGUGUUAUGGAAACGCAUGAUAGCGCCAAACCAGGAACCGAGGACGACAUUGCUACUCGCAUAACGGAAGAGGGAUUUCUGGCCAAAACACGACGGCGACUAUCCACAACGGUUGUUAACGAACCUUUGGAUAACUCUCUGCCUGUAACAGGAUUUAAUUCACCAGUUCCACCUGAUAUCGAUGAAUGGGACCACGGGAAUUUAGUCACAAAGCGCCUGCAGGGGUCACAGCUGCUGUGGCAGCAGAUGAAGGCGAUGCAUUCGAAACGUUUCCACAACAUGAGGCGUAGUAAGAAGAGCUUUUUCUGUGAAAUACUUCUCCCAGCCCUCUUUGUUUGUUUGGCAAUGGUUGUUACUUUGUUGACACCAUUUCCCCUGGAAAUGCCGCCACUAGAGUUAACACCUUGGCUGUAUGGACCGCCGAACUAUGUUUUUUUCUCGAAUGACCGCCCAAGCGAUACCAAUGCUUCAGCACUGGUGAACAUGCUAUAUGAAGGGCCUGGAAUGGGAACACGCUGCAUGGACGGUGAUCCUGUUACGGGAAAGGCGUGCGUGCCAACAGCAAAGGCAGAUAAAAGUCAUCUCCUUCCGAACUAUGUUGUGUCUCGGAAUGCCACUCCAGCAUGUAGCUGUGAGAAAGGUGGUCAGCAGUGUCCCGAUGAUGCUGGCGGUCCGGAUCCGCCAUGCAUACUUCUGAACACGACAGAUAUGCUGUGCAACAUGACCAACCGAAAUAUUACGGACUGGCUUUUAAAGACCGCUAAAAGGUUUGAUAGUUCGCGUUACGGUGGCUACUCGUUUGGACAGGUCGACUCAUUCGCACGAUUCAAUUUUACCCAUUGGGCGAGCGUAGUAGCGCAAAUGUUGUCCAACGCUAACGUGACCCAGCGGGGUGUCAAUGAUGGAAUGGGCAAAUUAUGGAAGGAUUUUAUCAUGAUGUUGUCGCAGAUGUUUCAACAGGACAACAUAAAAGUGUGGUUUAACAACCGCGGCUGGGCAAGUUCAGUUUCAUAUGUCAACGCUAUAAACAAUGUCCUACUUCGAAGUCGGUUGAAGCCUGAUCAGAAUCCCGCAAAAUAUGGAAUGCUCGCCAUUAAUCACCCGCUGAACCGCACGGAAGAGCAGAUGGAAGACCAGGUGAUGAAGGAAAGUGCGAAAGCCCUGCUUCAUGCCGUUUGCGUAAUUUUUGCCAUGUCCUUCGUGCCGGCUAGUUUCGUUAUGUUUCUGAUUGAGGAGCGAGUGUCAGGAGCGAAAAACUUGCAGUUUACGGCUAAAAUCAAACCGUGGUUAUACUGGGUGUCGACUUACAUGUGGGAUAUUUGUAAUUAUCUUUUGACUACGGUGAUUUGUGUUUUAAUUUUUAUCGCUUUCAAUGAGCAAAACUACGUAUCUCCGCGCAAUCUGCCAGUUUUGGUGUGCCUAUUGGCACUGUACGGUUUCGCAGCCAUUCCUAUGAUGUACAUUCCAAGUUUCUUCUUUCGCGUACCCAGUUCUGCCUUUGUCGCGUUGGCCUGUUUGAAUUUGUUUCUCGGUAUUGUCUCGACCAUUUCCGUAUUUAUAUUGGAAUUGAUGGAUGAUCAGGAACUGCAGGAUAUCGCUAAAAUUCUCAGGCAGGUAUUCUUGGUUCUCCCGCAUUACUGCCUGGGCCGCGGAUUGAUGGACAUGGCCAUUGGGCAAGUGAAGGCCGAUGUGUUUGCCCGCUUCGGACAGGAAGUGGAUGACCAUCCGUUUGAGUGGAAUUUUGCCGGACGCAAUAUUGCUUGUUUGUGUAUUGAGGGAGUUCUGUUUUUCGCCGUGACAUUGUUGAUUGAAUACCGCUUCUUUUGGCGACCGAGACGGCUUGCGACUCCCAUCAUGUCAGCUGGGCAGGAGGAUAAGGAUGUGGCCAAGGAACGAGCUCGAAUUAUGAGCGGCGCAGCUGAUGGUAGUGUUUUAAAAGUUGCUGAUCUGACAAAAGUCUUUCGGCAGCGCAAACGUCUGCACGUAGCAGUGGAUAAGAUCAAUGUUGGAGUUGGGAAAGGAGAAUGUUUUGGCUUGCUUGGAGUCAAUGGGGCUGGCAAAACAACUACCUUUAAAAUGCUAACGGGAAAUCUGUAUCCGACAUACGGAGAUGCCUACGUCAACGGGCACAGCAUAUCCACGGAUCUGGAUGGAGCGCGCCGAUACAUCGGCUAUUGCCCGCAGUUUGAUGCUAUUCACAAUUUGCUUACUGGACGUGAGCAUCUGGAAUUUUAUGCGCGCAUCCAUGGAAUUCCAGAAAAAUAUGUUUUCAAGGCUGUAGAAAGAGGCAUCAGCCGGCUGCAGCUCUCAGCUCAUGCUAGACGCUGUGCCGGUACGUAUUCAGGUGGAAAUAAGCGAAAAUUAUCUACAGCCAUAGCGCUCAUCGGUGAUCCGGAUAUUGUUUUUCUUGAUGAGCCCACAACCGGAAUGGAUCCCAAGGCUCGGCGAUUUUUGUGGAACUGUAUUUUAAGUAUGCUGCGCGAAGGUCGCUCCGUUAUCCUGACGUCGCACAGCCUGGAAGAAUGCGAGAAUCUUUGCACAAAACUCGCUAUAAUGGUGAAUGGUCGUUUCCAGUGUGUCGGUAGCCUGCAACACUUGAAAUCUCGUUUCGGCUUUGGAUACUCUGUGAUCAUCCGAUGCAAUCCAACCGCAAUGUACCGGGUCUGUGACUUUAUGGAAACUACUUUCCGGGGUGCCCGCAUGCAGGAGCGGCAUUACAACACCGUACAGUAUCGCAUUCCUCUGCGCGGUCUCAAACUAGCCCAGAUCUUUGCGGCUAUCGAGAAUAAUCGCCAGGAACUGGAGAUUGAAGACGCUUCGGUCAAUCAGACUAACCUGGAAGAUAUUUUCAUAGAGUUUGCCAAACACCAGACCGAUCUCGCGGCCGAUGAAGUGCUGCCGGAUGAGAUUGAUCCCGUCAGGGAGACCGUGGUGGACGCACGGGCAUAUGACGCGUCUAGCACGAAUAGCUCGAAUUUGACAGGAAAAUUCGAGUGGGAUCGGGCUCCGGAUUUUCAUGAUUCUAUGGAAAUGUUGGUAGUGGAUAACGAAACAACUGCUAACGCUUCGCUUUGUGCAUGCGGCUCUUUCCUACGUUUCCCUGCUCGAUGCUGCAUGCUACCUCAUUCAUUGAGAUCCUAAGUCCAGUGUCUUUCGCAGUGCUUUCAAAUAACUGAGAAUGAUUGGCUUACGCAAUCCAGGUGACACAUGUUAUUUUAAAACGGUGCUGAUUUGUGCUAGUUUGGAAAUGUGAUGGAUACUUUUGUCGAUUGUGUUAACUGUGAAAACAGAAAAUAUUAUUAAUAUGUGUUAAAAUGGUAUUAAA